GUACCUCACGCAGAUUAGAGUUUAAAACUGACAAAGUAGGAAACGCACCUUUGAAAAACAUAGCUAUGUAAACAGCCAAUUGUCAUAUCCUUAUCAUUUCUCUUGCUCUCACAUGCAUGUGAAUACUCAAUCGGCUUGUGUACUUCAAAACUGUGCUUAUCGGCUAUCUAUCAUGUUAUUUCCCAAAGAGCAAUCAUCAAACAAGCCCAAGAGCAAUGACCCAAGAAACAAAAUAUUCACACAGACUUAACGUGAAUCACCUGAUCCAAGCAGCUUCCAAUGUGCUUAAUUUUCUCGAGCUGGUUGAUGAGUUUCCUGGCUUGUACGCCGGUCCAAUCCUAAGAAAUGCUAUCAGAAGGUACGAAGUCUUCUGGCUACCACUCGCAGCUAAGCAAGGAACAGAAAGCAAGCUUCUGGCAGCUCCCCUGGACAUCGCCUGGGUUUGGUAUGUGCAUAUGUUAACACCGCAGAAAUAUGAGCAAGACUGCAUGAGUAUUGUGUCUCAAGUCAUUGACCACACGCCCAUGAACAGAUACCAACGACAGGAGGGAGUUCAUAGAGCAAGAUAUUUAUGGGAAUCCAGUUAUCCCGGGGAACCAUUUGAAGUUAACUUGGCCCAAACAAUGCCGUUUUUUAUGCCAUACAACUUGAAAAUUUGCCAUGACCUCGAAAAGGCAUGUUACGACCAAUCCAGGUUCUAUUACCAAGUAUCGUUGCCUCACUAUGCAGACAGAAGAUUUCUUGCCAAAGCCGUUGAGCGCUACCAACAUCAUCUGGAACUAAGAAGCAGAAAUCCGCAGAUCUCAAUUGUUCCAUGCUAUGACGUGAUUUUAAUCUGGCACGUCCAUCGACAACAUCCACUAACUUACAAGCAAGUUACAACAGAGAUGUUUGGAACAAUGCUGCAAAGCGAUGGCAACGAAGCAAAUUACGGCCUGGCAACUACUUUGUACGAUGGUGAAAAGUCAACUCGAGCCAUGUGGGAGGCAGCAGGUUUGCAGUUUGACAAGCCGGGGACCAUAAUACUCAAUCGGCUUGUGUACUUCAAAACUGUGCUUAUCGGCUAUCUAUCAUGUUAUUUCCCAAAGAGCAAUCAUCAAACAAGCCCAAGAGCAAUGACCCAAGAAACAAAAUAUUCACACAGACUUAACGUGAAUCACCUGAUCCAAGCAGCUUCCAAUGUGCUUAAUUUUCUCGAGCUGGUUGAUGAGUUUCCUGGCUUGUACGCCGGUCCAAUCCUAAGAAAUGCUAUCAGAAGGUACGAAGUCUUCUGGCUACCACUCGCAGCUAAGCAAGGAACAGAAAGCAAGCUUCUGGCAGCUCCCCUGGACAUCGCCUGGGUUUGGUAUGUGCAUAUGUUAACACCGCAGAAAUAUGAGCAAGACUGCAUGAGUAUUGUGUCUCAAGUCAUUGACCACACGCCCAUGAACAGAUACCAACGACAGGAGGGAGUUCAUAGAGCAAGAUAUUUAUGGGAAUCCAGUUAUCCCGGGGAACCAUUUGAAGUUAACUUGGCCCAAACAAUGCCGUUUUUUAUGCCAUACAACUUGAAAAUUUGCCAUGACCUCGAAAAGGCAUGUUACGACCAAUCCAGGUUCUAUUACCAAGUAUCGUUGCCUCACUAUGCAGACAGAAGAUUUCUUGCCAAAGCCGUUGAGCGCUACCAACAUCAUCUGGAACUAAGAAGCAGAAAUCCGCAGAUCUCAAUUGUUCCAUGCUAUGACGUGAUUUUAAUCUGGCACGUCCAUCGACAACAUCCACUAACUUACAAGCAAGUUACAACAGAGAUGUUUGGAACAAUGCUGCAAAGCGAUGGCAACGAAGCAAAUUACGGCCUGGCAACUACUUUGUACGAUGGUGAAAAGUCAACUCGAGCCAUGUGGGAGGCAGCAGGUUUGCAGUUUGACAAGCCGGGGACCAUGUUGAGAGGCGAACCUCCUCCACACAGACCUCCCAGACCUGAUUGGCUCUAUGCUCCACUUGCACGACUUGAAUACGUUUUGAACAUUCUGAAAAUAGAGGUUUUAAAUGCAGACGUAACCAAAACCUUUUAUGUCCGACUGUUUGGUCCGAACGGCAACUUGAUCAUUUUACAAGGCAUGAAUGGAGGCUUUGGUGUUGCCCUGAUGAAUCAGUGCGUCAUCAACAAUGAGAAGAAACACGCGAUUACCGUAAGUCUUCACCAGAAAGCCUUCUUGGGAGAAAAGACCAUAGGUUCCCGUCAAGCAAGCCUGCUUUCUUACCUUGAUUCGCUUUAUGUCGCUGGGCCACCCCCUACACAUCCCUGGAAUAUCGAUAUUCCCUUCAGCGGUUCACGGAACGUCGUGAGGCUGACAGUCACACUAAAUCCUCCAGCUGUUCAAGGUUAUAAAUUCACGACCCGACAAGACUCGUUCUUCACGAAAUAUGACCACCCUUCAUUGGUGCUUAGUUUCCCACAAGCGAUGAUGACUCCAAGUGACUUUGGAAAGCCUUUCUUACCCUGCGAAGCUGCCACGCAUACGUUGCUUGACGUCAGGGAACGAGACGCAUUCAAGUGCCGUAUUGUCCAUUCUACUGCGGCCGUGCUGUCAGCUGUAGAGAUCGUUAGUCUACACAAUGUUGCUGUAGCAUCAGCCUACUCGCUCAAAUCCACCAUUCUUCCAGAAAGGGAAUCAAUUGAAGGCGAGGAACGAUGCGUUACGCUGAACCAAAUGAGGGGCGAGAGAGCCAUGCUCAUACGAGGUCGAAAGGACUGGGGUAUCUGCAUUGGCAAAUGGCAGAAAGGUAGUUUUUGUAACCGAUCCGCUGGCCAAGUAGAGAUCAAGUUUUUUAGUCUUCAUGGAACUAAAGGUUGGUGUGAAGUACGCAAAUACAAAGAAGGACUCUACAUGAUAUAUAUUGAUUCAAGUAACCACCUGUUCAUAGAUUUGAAGAGGGGAAUCUUUGUGGUAUCUCCAGCUACUCAAUACAUCCCAGAAAUGAUUGCAUUGGCUUACUCAGUGUCAAUUCUCUACCUGCUCUGCAGACCUUACACCCCAACACCAUCGAAAGAGUCCUCGCCAUCAUGUCACAAGAUAGCCAAGAGGGACAAGAUAACCCCAAUGCUUCUUGCUGCAGGUUACAGCUGUAACUCGGUUCCAACCAAUGUCUAUUUAGGUCCCAAAGCUUGUGGUUCGUUGGCUGGAAGUGGUAGCUAUGAUCUCGAUUCAGAACUUGGGUCUGAUUGGACAAAACGACUUCAAACCAGGGGAGCACUUGGCACUGUUGAGGCUUCCCUGUGGUUUGAGUUAAACGGUUUUGUCAAGCCACCUACUCGAAGCUACUCUGAACGGUCCUCAGGAGGCUUCUGGGGAAGCAGUGGUGGAGGGUUUUCGGGACCCACUGGUGGCGGUGGUGGUGGCGGCAUGGGCUGUUGCUGUGGAAAACUCGAAGAGAGAGUUAACGAAAUGUUUGAGCCAAACCAGAUAAUUGCAAAAGAAAUCUUCUGGGCCAACCUUGAGUAUCAAAGAUCUGUUGGCUGCUGUCAGAUAAAAGGAAGCGGAGCCCUGGUUUUGACGUCAGAUAUGCUGUGGUUUAAUUUACUUUGUCCAGAUAAACAGAUAGUAAUGCCACUUCGGAUGAUUCUUGCAGUCCGAGUUCGUCGAGGGCUGAUUGUUGAUUUCGUCGAUCCAACCUCAGGGAUUGAAGAUCGGGUGAUCUUUGAGUUAAGGAAACCUCAAAUUUGGAAGUUGCUCAUUGAGGCAACCAAGGCAAACUAUUUUGGAGAACUGGAAAGACGAGUUAGUCAGAGAUUUGCAGAAAGCCGGAUAAUCACAAAAGAAAUAUUUUGGGCCAAUCUACAGUACCAAAAGUCUGCCGACCAACACCAUCAAGUCCAAGGAAACGGAGCUCUAGUGUUGACUCCAGAUAUGCUGUGGUUCGCUUUACUUCUCCCGGAUAAACAGAUAGAAAUGCCUCUUCAAAACAUCCGUGACGUCAAAGUACAUACCCAACAUAGAAGACCACCUUUGUUAGUGGUUAACUUCCUCGAUGAAGAUCAAGUGAUUUUCACCUCAAAGGAUCCUCAAUCUUGGAAGAGAAUGAUCGACGAGACCAUUCAAGGUGGACAAAAUCGAUUAUAA